ACAAAACGAAUUCAGACUUAAAGACAUCGAACCCGACGUGAAGACAUCGCUCGUUUAGAUUUAGUUCAUUACCUAUGGACACGAUGAACGAACAAGAAUAUUGUAAAAAAGUACAAGAAGUCUUUGAAUUCCUCCUGUCAUCAUCCUGCCAUAUCCAUGAUGACACAUUGUAUCAUAAGCUCUUAGACAGCUUAAAUGGGAAAAUGAUUACCCCAGAAUUUGCUGAAAGUUGCGGGGUGAUAGAUUUCCUGCAGCGUGCCGGCAACAACACUGACAUCAGUCCAGACACCCUUGUCUUUGCUGUCCAGUUAGUGGAGAAACUUGUGUCAAAGCUGGAGCUUCCUGGUAUCCACUUGGACACCAUGUCAGUCCUGAUUGAAACUGUGGCUCUGAGGACUUCAGUGGAUAAUCUUUCUGUCUUUUGUGCUCUUUUCACAACCCUGAAAACUAUUCUACAGUGCCCAUGUAUAAAGGAAUUUUGUUUAAAUAUCGAUUUCCAGGAUAUACUCAAGAAGUCUUUUGACAUUUUAAAAGAAGAGAGGAGCAUUUUCUUGUCAAGAGCUGUGUCUGAAUUCAUCUGCUCAUUAUUCUCGAGUAAAAUGGCUGAAUCUCAAGAGGCUAAGAAACUCCUUAAAGAACUACAGACCAUUAUUGUGAACUUUGACAGGGAUGGUUCCCAGAGAGUACUCUCCCCUUCAAUGUUAUGUUCUUUAAGGGUGUUAGAGAAAGCUCCACAUCUGUUUAAUGACUCAUUUGCAGAGAUUUUAGAUGUUUUAAUUAUACUGAUGAAAAUAGGGAGUACACAAUCUUCUACUACAGCUGCCAGAUGUCUCCAUAGCUUAUGCCUGCAGUGCCAGGAUAGAGCAAAGUCAGAGAGAGUCAAGUCCCUUGUUACCGAAGCAAUAGAGACAGUUGACAUUGUUAAAGGUCUUCAUAUUGCAAAGGUUCUUUAUCCUCUUCAACUCUUAGAGAGAAGUUCUUUGGAAAACAUUAUAUUAAAGCCAUUGCAGAUGUUGGACAAGACGAAUCAUUCCUCAGCUAUGCAUUCUUCUCUACCUGCAGUGUCCCUGAGUCUUACAAUUGUUAAUAAUUGUAACAUCCAAAAACUAGAGGCAUGCAAGUGUGUUGCAGAAGUUCUGGAAAUGACUGAAAACAGACCUCAUGACUUCACUGGCUUUGGUUGUAAUUCAUACACUGGAAGCAGUAAACUUCAAAUAAAAUGUCUUGAUUAUUUAGGAUCAUAUGCCAGUAAGGAGGUGAUGUUGUCUGUGAUCAGCUCCAUUAGUAACAUUGUUUCCUACACAACUGAACACAUGAUUUAUGGAAAAUGCCUACAGUGCCUUUGUCGACUGCUCCCUGAAGUUUUGUGUAGCUCUUGUUACUCAUCAGAAACAUCCACAGUCAAGUCAGAUCUAAGUAAAAUUAAAGAGUCAGUCCAGAGGAACUUCUGUAGUGUGGAGUGGGAGUUCAGAGAUACCAGUUGUGAAUUUGUCAGGAAUCUCAUGGACAAACACAAAGACAAAGAGGGUGUUAUACAAUGGAUGCUGGACUCUCGGUUUCAUGUGUUUGCCUGUCAGGCUGUGGGUGAUGGGGAGAGCUAUGUCAGGGCCACCAGUCUGAGUACUCUACAGACUGUCCUACUGUCCUCCUACAGAACAAAUCUACUGCAGGACAUGAACACUACAAUAGAUGAGAUUAUUUCACAAGUAUUAGAUGUCUGCAAGACAGACAGUGAAGCUUUCCCAAGGAGAAGUGCAGCAAGACUUCUCCACCACUGCUUAUUGGACCUCAGCUACCUGUUACAUCCAGAUUCCAUUCAAUGCAUUGCCCAGUGUUUCUCCACUUCACUACCAUCCGACUUUGACUGGGAAGUCAAACUGAUAGUGGUGGAAUUUUGGUGUGCUAUCCUAAAGAGAUGUUUUGAUGCAGAUUUAGACAAAGAAACAUCAAACCAACCAUUGGGAAUUGUAGUUUCUUUGGAUUGCUUGAAAAAUGAAAAGGAUGGUAAAAGAGGUUAUGUGUCUAUUUCUUCUGCUAUAAAUGUUCUUUUGAAACUUUCGUGUGACUAUGAUCCCAGUGUGAGCGAGAGGGUGUGUCAAGAACUCUGUUGGAUUUGCGAAACGUUGGAGAAAUUUGUUUUGAAAAUCAAUCCAGCAACAAAUGAUGAUAAUAGAAGUGACUGGUGUAUGUGUGCUCACUGUAGUCAACUGAUCACUGAACUCUUGAACAGAAUGACUGAAAGCAAAGAAAAGACCAUUGAUGACUCUGUGUUUAAAACGGAUUACGAUUCAAACGCUUUGUCCUUGUUAGAUGACAUUUUAUUACUUGACCGCAGCCAGGAUAACAAUGAUGAGGACAAUGCAAUUGAUUGUUACUAAUUACCAGGGUAUCCAAUAUAUUAAAAUAAAAUAUUUAC